AUGGGCGAGUACAAAGACACAAAGGAAGAGAGGGGACAGACGCCGGAGAUGGACAAUGAGGUGGCGUGGUGGGGUGUGAAGUACAGUGGCGGGAACAGCGACUCAUUUUGGCACCUCAAAGAACAUCCAGAAAUGCGGAAACGCGAGCUCGACACCUGGACGUUUAGACGCGGCUGCUGCCCUCGCCGUCUUCACGCCACCGCCUGCCAUUUCCUGUCAACGUCAACUUCCCCUUCGCAGAACUCACUCAAGAUUCAGGUGUGGAGUCUGCUGCGAGAGCCACACAUGGGGAGAAGGGAAGAGGAAGUGGUGGUACAGUAG